GGGCCUCAUCGCGGAAUCUCUCUUUUCCACCCGCGUGAAGGGCUAAUAAACCUCGCGAUAGCUUAAGAAGGAGAUUUAACUGCCGCUGUCUGCGUUUGCGACACAAGCAUGGCUCGAUUGAAUGAAUCAACAACAACGACGGAGUCCAUCGAAGGCUUGAAGCGACGCUUUGUGCGGCAGAAUCGCGAAAUCGCCCGGGUCAAUUCCAUACAGUCCCUCCGCAUCCGCAGCCUUGAGUCGGAGGUUUCUCACUUACUCGCCGAAAAUGUAUCUCUACGAGAGCAAGCGAUAACACUUAAUAGGGAGCUAGAAAGAUAUCAGGCUGUCAAGAUACUUCAAGAUGGGGUCUAUGACAUCAAGUCAAGACUGGAUGCUAAAUUGACGGAAUUGACCAAUCUGGUAACUGAGCUGGGUGAGCUGCCGCGCGACUACAGAAAAGAGCAAGAUACCGCGCAGAACAGGAGCCCGACGCAGCCAUCACAGUCAGCUCUUGACUGGGAGCGCAAGACCGCCGAAAUGGAGCAGAAUUUUGCCUGUGAGGAGGAAGGAAAGCUGCCCGUGAUACUCGAAGACAAGUAUUUCCCAAGGAAGACGCUGGAGCCGCGCGAUAUACAAGGAUUGCUCGACAGUGGUGCUAUUGAUCAACAGUCUCCGGCAUCUCGGGCGCAGGCCACCAUGGAUACAAAUUUUCCCAUUCCUCCAAACGAGGAGCCUACAGUCAACGGGUCGCUCGAGAGUUGGACGAAUCCAAACCAUGCCGAUGUGCUCCUUCCACUUCCAACUUGUCAUGAAAAAGAGGAACACCAACUUGAUGCGACGAUUCCAGAGAAUGAAUCUGCGGCUUAUGAGGCAGCUCCUAUGCGAACGAACUCGAUAUCUAGACCGAUCCUCGGUGCAAAACGAAAGUUCUCGGCAGAUAUUGAUGAUCGACUCGAGAGCCAGCUGAAUGGGAGCGACGAUUUUGACUAUCGGCAAACUCGUUCACCCACCGGGACAGUCGACCCAAUUGAGUCAACAUCCGGCAGAUCACCGUUUAAGGAAGACACCCACCCACUUAGAGAAAGCAAGAAAAAUGUCAAGCAGGCAAGACGGAGGAUACUGAAGCAAAAAAACACCAAUGUCAGCAUUCCAUCACCGAGAAAAGCUUUCAAUCCCAUGCUCGAUGAUGCACAAUUCCCGCGUGAAGAUAAUGUCAUAGCAGCAGUCGAUGAUAAGGGGAAUGUCCUGGGCCUUGUAGAGACUACAUCAUACACGCAGAGUGAGGAUGAUACGCUCGGCCGAGCGCCGACGCACCAUAGCCCCAAAGCAGAAGCCGGGAAUGCCAGUAUGGCACGCGAGUCAGUGAUUCUAGGGUCCCUGACCAAAAAUGAUCGACUUGAGCAGCCGAAGUCGGGAGCGGAUACAGGGGAUGCAGUAGCUGCCACUGGGUCAUCCCGACCAACAAGGCGCCAGAGAGCCAUUGUGAGUUAUGCAGAACCUAAUCUACGCGAUAAGAUGCGCCGGCCUACGAACGAGUUAGUCGCGGCAGUGGGGGAUCGAACACGGAGAACCUCUAGCACAAUUGAUGCCCCUAUGAGCACGGGAGAGGAUGGGGAUGCGUAUCGGCGGCGCAAGUCGGACACAGCCAAGUUGCAAGUUUCGGGUAUUACAAGGACUGAGUCACCGUCCCCUGCCUUAAAUCCAACUGUGGAAUCUCCCUCGAAGAGUAUGAAGAUGGUGUCACAAAGGAGGCGCAAAGCCUCUUUCGCGAGCAGGUACGACCCUGCAACGACUCGCGAGACAGCCGAGGGUGGUAGUGAGCGUUCUGAUCAUCCGAUGACUGAUCUCGGGAAUCAUGAUCAUGAGCCGGAAGGCCAAGGUACUCCUGCACUCUCGAUCAAGGAUAAUUCAGAUGAAUGCCUCAAUACGCGAUUAACAGAGGCCACCUGUGGCAGUAUGGCAAAGACAAUAUCGCGUGCACACAAGCCACAACCAGCUACUGCUAGACAAUCGAAACGGUGCUCAUCGAGCCUAAAAGCCUUCGAACAAAACACACUCAAGCCAGACGAGGCAGUCCAGGAUUCCCGAGAUAUCACACCGAGUCUUUCCAAAGUAUCGCCUAUCAAAUUCAACGAGAGACUUGAGCAACCGGAUCACGACAGGCGCGCUUCAGCAGAAAUAGUUCAGGUUUCUUCGACUACAUCCGUCUCAACAGAGACAAAGCAAGUUAGCCGAUCCCUGCGUGCCGCUGCUAGAAGAAGGAGUAUGAUGCUGUAGAUGUUUCGUGGGCCUGCCAAUCAAGCAAUGCUAUGUACAUAAUAUCAAUAAUUGGCCUGGGUUCAUAACUGCCUGAAAAGCUAUGGAACAGGAG